AUGUUGAACGAAGUGAAUGAUAUUGAGUAUUUAGAUUGUACUGGAAGAACCGCAUUUAGCUCAGCUGUUGAAUUCGGUUUCCUUCCAAUUGUUGAAUAUCUUUUAGACAAAAAUCCUCAAAUCAACAAAAUAUAUGGGAAAGAAAACCCUCCAUUAAUCAUUUCUUUAUUUAAAUAUGAUGAAAAAUUAACAAAAACAUUGUUAGAUAAAAAUGCAGAUCCAAAUAUUACGAAUUCUUCAGGGAUGUCUGCAUUAAUGUAUGCUGCAAACACAUGUAAUAUUGAUGCUAUUGAAUUACUUCUAAAAUAUAAUGCAGAUGUUAAUAAAACAGACAAUGAAAAUAGAUCUGCUUUGGUUUACGCAAUUAAAGCUAACUUUAAAGAAGUUGUUGAAGUUCUAAUUAAAUAUGGUGCUGAUGCCACUAUAUCAGAUAAAUCUGGAAAAACUCCACUCGAAUAUGCCAAAAAUAUUGAUCCAAAAAGUUCCAUUACAAAAAUCAUCACUAAAUAUUUGGAGUCAAAGAAUUCUGACUAG